AUGUCUUCUCCGUCCAGCCCACCACCGCGGUCUACCUCACCUUCGCCAUCGUCUUCACCUCGUUCUCAGCCUCGUCCUGCAGUCAGUACGCUCAGAGCUCUCCUUAACCAGACUCUACGCGUCACUUGCUCCGAUGGUCGCGUAUUCGUAGGAACAUUCGUCUGCGUCGAUAAGCAGCUCAACCUUAUUCUUGCCAACACCGACGAAUAUUCCGCAAAUAAACCCGAGGGGCGAUAUGUUACAAUGGUGAUGGUGCCUUGGCGGCUCGUUGUUUCCGUCGAAGCUCAUGACGACCCUACGUCUGUCUCGUCAUUCACCGCCUUUGUUGCAAUGGUAUCCCCGUCUCCCCCCAUUCCUUCGACGUCUUCGUCGUUUCCAGUUUCAAGUGACCAGACGACGCCAAGCAAACAAUCCAAUACGCCAGCAUCAAGUGGCACUUCAUCAACUGCCCUAGUCACACCACCUGAAUUGGAGCAAACUCUGUCAAUGCUUUCGUCGCAUCGCACCGUUUUGGGUUAUUUGCUAUUGUCGCGAUCUACGCCAGUCAGGAUUAUCCGUCAUUCUGGGGUCGUGUUUGAUGGGGAGCAGGGGCGAAAGUACGCCAGUGCCGUAAGCAAAAUUGUGGAAGCUGUACACAGUGGCCUAGAGCAUGUUGGAAUAGAUGGAGGUGAUACGGACGAAGUACGGUUCAUGCGGAUCAGGACAAAACGACACGAGUUAAUGAUUUCACCAGACGAACGAUACCUCCUUGCUGUGCUGCACGACCCGACGUCUUAACCUGAGAAUACGUUCUCGUCGCAUUCAUCCGCUGGUCGCCGCCCUCCAGGAACCGCUAUAGCCGUGUACAUCGGCUUUCUUUCUAUUGUACCAUUUCAAUAGCACUAAUGGGAAGCAACUCUAUCUUGUGGUGCUCGGCAUCGUACUGAGCUGUGAAUAGCAAAUCAUUGCGUUACGAUGGGGCGAAGAAAUGGGGCAUUCCGUCCUCGAGACUACGCUCUUCUUAUUCCUCAAAGUCGGCUCAGUACUAUUAGGGAUUGAUCUCACAGAGCAUCAUCGGUACUCACGAGCACGUUCAACUAUUCAGUCCAAUCGAUAUUGUGUAACGACUAUGUAUUUUUUCCCUCAAAAU